GCGGUCGAUGUUGAUGGGGAGGAAGCGGCCAAUGGUUUGUUCGCAGAGAGUGGAGAGAAAGCUCGACAUGCUGCUUGACGGUUCUGGUUUCUCACAGUCGUGCAGAGGCGUUGGAACGAGUAGCAGGGAAGGGAGAUGGCGGACCACGUGGCGCCGUCAAGAACAGGCAGCCACCACCGACACUGGAGGCAGCCAUCUUCCUAAAGCCACAUUGCUCAUGCACUAUCAGCUGUCCCGGAAUCUGGAUAACUCGCACCGGUGCCCCAGGGUGAGAUCAAUUCUCCCGCGACUCUUUCCUCUUUGCAUCACUGCACUAGCUGUCGUUGGCAAGACAAACAACCCCGUGCCGCAAGACAUUAUGGCCCAGCAAGAAAAGGUCCCUGUCCGGGGCCACAAUAAUGCCUGCUACGACACCGUGCCCAAGGAGGACCAGAUACUGAAGGUCGAGUUCCUGGAGAUUGCCCCGACGCCCAUUAUCGCCGACCGCGUCUUCUUCAUCUACCUGCGCGGCUACCUACCCGAAUCUAAGAAAAAGGAGCUGGCACUCCCCGACGAGGGCCUCGUCAAUGCGACCCUCAAAGUGAGCAGCUCUGUCAUCUACGCGGAUGGUACUCAUGACGACGAACGAUCCAUUACACUGCCGUUGAAGACUACGCCCUUCAAUGAUCUAGCCCACCUUACUGUCCGUGAUGCCCGUGGAGUUCAGGUCGAGUACCUGCCUAGCAGCAAAGAAAGUGAGAUAUUGCUAGAUUUCCAGAUUCCGACAAUUUGGUUGAGGAGCGGGACGUGGACUUUCAAGGUCGACGCGAGAGCCGGAGAUGUAGAUGAUACGUGUCUCUUUGCCAUGUCGUUGACACAAUGGUUGGAUGGAUAUCUUAGGUAGUAGGAUGCCCGACAUAACCUACAAGCUCGAUGACCUCGGCGCGUGAAGAUGUUGGAGAGUCAAUAUCUACUUUGACAUGUCGCGGUGCCUAAGCGACCACAUGUAUAACUUGGAAUCACGUAAAUUGUGGCGAGACAUCAU